CUGGAGAUACAGCCAGACUUUUUCGUUCACAUGGCAGCAGCAAACUCUACUCCACCUGGCUCUUUGGAUCUAAACCAGCCUGGAUUUGCAAAGGAGAUCCUGGGAACUAAGCUGGAGGUGAAAUACCUCUGCUCCGAUUGCAAGAAUAUAUUGAGGAGGCCGUUCCAAGCUCAGUGCGGACAUCGCUACUGUUCCUAUUGUCUGAAGAAAAUUAUAAGUGCUGGACCUCAAAAGUGUGCCAGCUGUAUUCAGGAAGGAAUAUAUGAAGAAGGAAUUUCUAUUUUGGAAACAAGCUCGGCUUUCCCAGACAACGCAGCUCGUCGGGAGGUGGAAAGCCUGCCUGCGGUCUGUAUUAACAGUGGCUGCACUUGGAAGGGGACUAUUAAGGAAUACGAG